AUUAGCACGUUAUAUCCGCUGGAAAAACAAAAAACAACGAAAACUUAGAAGGUGGCCAAGGUGAUGGAGAACGAAGAUCAUAGAGGAAGAAGGGAGAACAAAUAUCGAGGCAUACGACGACGACCAUGGGGAAAAUAUGCAGCGGAGAUACGUGAUCCUAAUAGGAAUGGUGCACGUCUUUGGUUAGGUACUUUUGAAACAGCUGAAGAAGCGGCCAGAGCUUAUGAUCGGGCCGCCUUUUCUCUGAGGGGACAUCAAGCCAUCCUCAACUUCCCUAAUGAUGAACAUUAUCAUAUCAAUAAUAAUACUAAUGUACCUCUAGGUCCUGGACCAAGCUAUAACGCGCCAUCUACAACGGGGAGUAAUAUGAACAUUUCCUCUUCUUCUGCUUCUACUACUUCUUAUAAUCGACAUGAUCACGAAGAAAAGGUUGAAUUUGAGUACUUGGAUAACAAUCUUCUGGACGAGCUUCUUGGCUCACAAGUUCAUCACCAAGCUAAUAAACGUCCCAAGUUUUAAUUUACUUCCAAAAGCUUCUUAUAAUUAAUUUCUUAGUUACCAUUUUCUUGUAUUGCUAUUUCCAAUUCCUUUAAAUUUUUUCCCACUUAAUUUUAUGUCCAACUUGCUUUAAUUUCUAUAUAUGUUGUUGUAAAAAUAAUCAGGAAACAAGUACAACGAAUUGUGUAUUUUAAUGCAGCGGAAGAAUCGUUGAACUUGCUGCAAGAUGAAUUGU